UUGGGAACAAUAUUUCAUCUUCUGAUCAUCAGCUUCCAAUAAUUACUCUGUUUUGAUGGAAAUGGGUCGACCUCUUUGUUGCUUAACAGCCUUCUAUUUUCUUCUAACGUUGUUCAGCUUUGACACAGAAGCUGGAAUUGUCGGAGUAAAUUAUGGGAUGGUGGGGAACAACCUCCCGCCGCCGAGCCAGGUUGUCGCACUCCUAAAAUCAAGAAGUAUAACGCGGCUUCACCUUUUCUUCCCCAAUCAUGAUGCCCUUCAAGCUUUACAGAAUUCAGGAAUUGAAGUCAUCCUCGGAACACUAAACCAGGAUCUCCAAAGUCUCGGGAGCGACCCAUCAUUCGCCAAAAGCUGGGUUAACACCAAUCUAGUUCCAUAUUCCAAAACUAUCCGUUUCCGGUGCAUAUCGGCCGGCAACGAAGUCAUCCCCGGCGACUUAGCAGCCUAUGUUUUUCCAGCCAUGGAGAAUCUAAAAGCAGCAUUGAAUGCUGCUGAACAACAACUAGCCUAUAAUAUCCCAGUAAGUACUUCAAUGUCAACGUCGAUUCUUGGACUUUCAUACCCACCUUCUCGAGGGGAAUUUUCCGGAGAUGUGAUUUCGGUGAUGAGAUCAAUAGCAGGUUUCUUAGCAGCAAACGGAAGCCCGCUGCUUGUGAAUGUGUAUCCUUACUUUGCAUAUGUGAGUAAUCAAAAGCAGAUUCCGUUGUCCUAUGCACUAUUUAACGGCACCAAUGUGGUGGUGAAAGACGGAGAGCUCGAGUAUAGAAACCUCUUCGAUGCUAUGACUGAUGCUGUUUACUCGGCGCUGGAGAAGGUGGGUGGCGCCUCUGUUCGGAUUGUUGUGUCUGAAAGCGGAUGGCCAUCCAAAGACGAAAAUGGUGGCGCUGCAUCAAUCGCUAAUGCCCGAAUGUAUAAUAACAACCUGAUUGCGCAUGUAUCGGGGGCAUCCGGUACACCAAGGAGGCCGGGGAAUAGCACAGAGUCUUAUGUUUUCGCCAUUUUUAACGAGAAUCUCAAACCUCCGGGAACAGAGCAGAACUUUGGCUUGUUCUACCCAAAUAUGACCGAGGUGUACCCUAUUGAUUUUGCUUAUUAAUUACACGGGAUGUGUUAUUUCUA